AUGGCCUCUCUUUCCCUUCCUGGAGCAGACAGACCAUUCAAAAUCGAAGUAACCGACGAGCAGCUUGAUUCGCUGAAGAGAAAACUCGCACUGACAACGUUCCCCGAUGAACUCGAAGAUGCUGGGCGCGACUAUGGCGCACCGCUUGCUGAAUUGAAACGCCUUGUUGCGCGAUGGCAGAACGGCUAUGAUUGGAGGAAACACGAAAAGGAACUCAACGACGAGCUGCCCCAGUUCAAGAAAGAGAUCCACGUUGGUGGAUUCGGAGAUCUUGACAUUCACUUUGUGCACAAGACUAGUGAGGUUGAGGGUGCCAUUCCGCUCUUGUUCGUCCACGGAUGGCCAGGAAGUUUCAUUGAAGUUCGGAAGAUUCUUCCUCUUCUAACGCAGGCGAGCCCGGAUCACCCCAGCUUCCAUGUCGUCGCCUUCAGUUUGCCUGGUUAUGGGUUCUCGACGGCUCCUAAGAAGAAAGGGUUUGACAUAGCCCAAUACGCCGAGGUCGGAAACAAGUUGAUGCUCUCUCUGGGAUACGAAGAAUAUGUUACUCAAGGAGGCGAUUGGGGCGCACAUAUCACCAGGAAAAUUGCGCUUCUGUACGGGGGGCAAAACAGCAAAGCAUGGCAUUCAAAUUUCGCUCGUUGGGCAACAUCGGGGUCUCCACCAACUUUGAGAACGGCUCCCUGGGUCUAUCUCUCAUCCAUUUUCAAGAAAUAUACACCCGCAGAGGUGGCAGGCCUGAAGCGGACGGAGUGGUUCGAGAAGGAAGGUCGUGGAUACAACCUUGAGCAAUCGACUCAGCCACAGACUCUUGGGUACAGCCUGGCAGAUUCUGCGUCGGGUCUCCUUGCUUGGAUCUAUGAAAAGCUGGUCAAUUGGACUGAUGGGUACCCCUGGGAGGACGAUGAAGUCUUGACAUGGGUGUCGAUUUAUUGGUUUUCGACGGCUGGCCCCGCUGCGUCGUUGCGUAUUUAUUAUGAAAAAAUACACGGAGAAGACGACAGUGCACAAAUUCCAACGAUUCCUCAAGGGGUCUCUUACUUUCCCAAAGAACUUGUUGUCUACCCUCGAGCAUGGACAAGGACCAAAUACACUGUGUUCGAGAAGGAGCACGAAAGCGGGGGGCAUUUCGCAGCGCACGAAAAACCUGUGGAGUUGGUGACGGAUUUGAGGAAUAUGUUUGCAAAGAAUGGGCCUGCAUAUGGUGUUGUCAAUGACAGGAAGGGAUAUUGA